CGGAAGUGGCGAUGGCGGCGAGAUGGCGGCAAGAUGGCGGCCGCCGCCUGAGGAGACGCAGCGGCCGCUGAGGGAGGCCGGCGGGGCGUCGGUAAGGGGGCGCGGGGACCACCGUCUGCUGCCCCUGCUGCUGCCCUUUGACCCCAGCUUCGCCUCUGACCCCGCCAUCUUCACCUCGGGGGGGGGGGGGGACAGUCCGACCGCCAGAGGCCGCCGGGGCGCAGCCAUGGGUCCUGAGGCGGAGCGGGCGGGGAGCGCCCAGCCGGCGCUCCGCGUGAGCCAGCUGGACGCCCUGGAGCUGGACCGGGCCCUGGAGCGGCUGAUCUGCUCGCAGCUGGCCCAGUGCUUCCACGGCUUCCGGCCCGGCCUCCUGGCCCGCUUCGAGACGGAGCUGAAGGCCCUCGUGGGGCUCCUCCUGUGGCGCUUCGGCGUCUGCUCGCGGGACGCCACGGCGGGCCAGGCCCUCCUGGGCAUCCGCUACGACGGCGGCGGCGGCCCCCCGGGCCGGCGCCGGAAGCUGGGCUUCGCCGCCGGCGCCGUGGGCGGCCCCUGGCUGGAGGCCCGCGCCUUCGACCUGUGCCGCGCCCGCCGGCCGGCGCCCCCGGCCCGCCUCGGGCGCUGGGCCGCCCGGGCCGCGGGGCUGCUGAAGCUGGCCGGCCUGGUCAACUUCCUCCUCUUCCUCCGCGGCGGGCGCUUCGCCACGCUGACCGAGCGCCUGCUGGGGCUGCGCUGCGUCUCCGCCCGCCCCCGGGGCGCCCGCCAGCCGGGCUUCGACUACGUGAACCGGGAGCUGCUGUGGCACGGCUUCGCCGAGUUCCUCAUCUUCCUCCUGCCGCUCGUCGACGUCCGGAAGCUGAAGGCCCGGCUCCGGGCGUGGCGCCUCCCCGCGGCCGGGGGGGCCCCCGGGCCCGACGCCCCGGCCCCCCGCGCCGCCCGGGCCUGCGCCCUGUGCGGCCAGUGGCCCACCCUGCCCCACACCGUCGGCUGCCCGCACGUCUUCUGCUACUACUGCGUCAAGACCGGCUGCCUGACGGACGCCCGCUUCUCCUGCCCCGCCUGCGGGGCGGAGGCCCGCGGCCCGCAGCCCCUCCGCGCCGCCGUCGAGAUGGAGGAGGUCGCCGGUCCCUAGAGGCCGGACGCCCGCCGGCCGGACGCCCGCCCCGCGGCCGCCGACCCGCCCGCUCGAGGGGGCUCGGUCCCCGGGCCGCCGGCCCCCCGCGGCGGCGGGAAUAAAAUCGCCGACUGCGGCCCCGA